AUGGGUUUUUCGAAAAAACAUCAAUUAGUGGAUGGAAGCAAAGAAGAAAACAAAAUGUGGGUAAUUGCUGGAAUAGCGUUUAGGCCUAAUAAACUGAAAUCAAUAUCCACAAAACCAAACAGAGGAGAAGAAGAAUCUGAAGACGAAGUAGAAAAGAGUUCAACUCCGACAACAAGAGAUUCAAGGAUACCGGAAAAGCUACCAUGUCCACCGGCUCCGUCGAAACGCCGGCCAGUAUCAACAUGUCAUUAUAAUGGUGCUAGAGAGUUCUUUAAUCCACCAGAUCUUGAAUUAGUAUUUAUUAUUCGACAUGUGGAGAGGGAAAAUUAUUAA